AUGUCACAUAGUGACAUUUCAGCUGCUGUCGCGGCGUCGCAGGGGACGGAUGGUCGGCCCUCCAACCAACCACAGCACCAGGUUCCGGUGGACCGACCGACAUGUGAACAGCAGGUCGCUGCAGGGCUUCAACACGGCGUAGACUGUUGUGAUAGUAAACAGACCACACCUCUAGAUGAGGAAGCCGGACAGCCAACGGCGGCGGCUCGCGACACGGCAACACAACAGGAAUGUUGUCAUGACACGGAACGCGAACAUAAACAGCAGUCGGUGACGGAAAAUGUCAACAAACCACUUCAUGUGGAGUUUGAUAACAAACGUGUUGAUAGCGAAAGUACUUCCGCAGCUGGGUUGCCGCCGGAGGACACGCCGCGAGUGGUUCCGGCCGUAGUGUCGGGACCGUCGUCGGCCGUUGACAUUCCCCACGACCCGCCCACGCCGCCAUCUGCCGGGAUGGCUCAUACUGCCGAAAAACCACCCACGUCGCAACCUACAGUGCUACCGGUGACCUAUGCCGCUGCUCUGGCUUCUCCUACCACUUUGCAACGUCGCCCGGUCACCACAAACGACGCCACCAACGAGCCCGACCAGACACUGACGGAGAGCGCCUCGGACGACCCGCCGCCUCGGCCGGCCAUUGACGCCGCUCCGAAGAUGCCGACGCAACCAGACGCUGACCCUGAUCUCGGAAACACGAUGGAGAUCGACUCGCUCAUCGUUCCUACAGCGGCCUUUCUGCCAGAACGACGUGACUCCCUUCCGUCGUCGGACACGGAGGGUCGCACAAGGAAACAACGUUCCCCGAAACGUCGCAAGCGAAGACGUCGCACCGUUUCCGGCCAAGAGGAAACGUUACAAGUCGAGGAGGACGUACCCGUCGACCAGCACGAAGCCUCAGAACCCGCUACUGCUGACGAAGACGUCAUGAGCGCGGAGACAUCUAUCGGUGUGCCUGCGCCCCGUGCUGACGCUGAACUAAAUCAUGAACGUCUCACAGGCGACACGACACCACGCACAAUUACAACAUCUUCUGAAGACAAAAUGGACGAUACACCAGUUUCCGCUUCCACGGCGUGGCACGAGGAGGAGGUCACGGAGCAGGAGCCGUUACGGGACCCUGCGCCGUCACGGCCGCACCACUAA